UCCAGCGCAGCCAGCCACGGUGUGCCGGUGCCCAGAGAGAGAUCUCUCUUGAGGGAGAAACUCGCCUGCCUCCGAAGAGCAGGACUCGGCUGCAAGGAAGACCCAGGGGAGGCAAAAGAGGCCUUUUCUUGAGAAGGGUUCCUUCUCUUCUCCUGGACCGAGGGCACGUUGCCAGAGAUGCACACGCCUCAGGACCGGCAGAGACCCAGUUUAUGAGCUCCGGCAGACUCUGCUUCGUGGCAACCCAUCAUUCCCAGCUCCAUCCUGGUGCCUUCAGCCCUUGGGUCCUUUAUGGCUCCUGCUUACGGUCUUCAGGGCAAGGGUACCCCCCUGGCCGCACUGGUCCUCCUAUGGACCUCUCUGGCCUGGGUUGAGGGCCGGCCCGGCUGCCCUUCCUGUAAGAUGCCCCCUCUGGAGCCCAACGCUGAGAAAGCCUUCCUGGUAGAAGUGGCCAAGCAGCAGAUCUUGCAGAAACUGAACCUGAAGGAGAGGCCUAACAUCACUCAUCCAGUGCCACGUGUGGCCGUGACCAACGCACUGCGGCGCCUGCACAUGGGCAAAGGCCGGCCAGAUGGGGCCGGGCGCUUUUCCAGCUGGGAGAGCCCCGAGACUGAUAAACAGGGGUACGAGAUCAUUAGUUUUGCAGAGACAGAGCCUUCUGGACUGCUGCAGUUCCAGCUCACUCACCCAAAAGGCCAAGAUAUGCACGUUCUCGAGGCUCAGCUGUGGCUCCAUCUCAAGGCCCACCAAAACAUCACAUUGCAGAUCUAUCUGGCAGGGGAUCGGCGAGUGGCCCUAGGGGAGCAGAAACUGGGUAGCAAGGGCAGUGGUUGGCACCCUUUCUCCCUCAUGCCAGCUCUUCAGAGUUUCUUUGAGCACGAAGAAAAGACUCUGCGUCUGGAGCUGGAGUGCCAAGGCUGCCCUUCCAGUGCUGCAGUUUGGCUGACCUCUGCAGGGAGCUCCUACCAGCCCUUCCUGGUGGUGAAGGCCAAAGUACAGGAGCCUGGCCACCAGGUAACCAAGCGCAGUCUGAGCUGUGACCAGAACUCUGAGGUGUGCUGCCGGAAGGACUAUUAUGUCGACUUCCGGGACAUUGGUUGGAAUGACUGGAUCUUUAAGCCAGAGGGUUAUCAGAUAAACUACUGCAUGGGCGAAUGUCCUGUGCACCUGGCAGGCACACCUGGUAUAGCAGCCUCUUUCCACACAACGGUCUUCAACUUGGUCAAAGCCAACAACAUCCGGACUGCUGGCCGGUCUUGCUGCGUCCCCACACAAAGGCGGGCCCUUUCUCUCCUCUACUUUGACCCCAACAGCAACCUCAUCAAGACAGACAUUCCUGACAUGGUCGUGGAUGCUUGUGGUUGCAGCUAAGGGCAGGAUUGGAACUGUAGGAAGAGCACAAAGGGGAAAGCGGGAGAGGGUUCUCUCCACUCCUGUUGGGACACUCGUAAAAGUGAUGAGAUGCUGACGGAAGUGGAGUGGCAUGGUGUGGCGUGGACUCAGAUGCAGCUUUAGCUACCACAGAGAGGAGCUAGUUACGGCAGGAGCCAAGCCUUCCCGUCCCUCUGUCCCUUCCUCCCUGCCCCCGCUGUACUUUCAGGGGAAAGCACAGAAAAUGUUCUUAGACAGGUCUUUUUGAUCUGACACCUUCUUCAGUUUCAGGCCCCCUACCCUGGAUAUUUGCCCCUUCUUCCCUUUUCUCCUCAUAGCUGUCUGUGGCCCUGGAGUUAGGUCAGGUGCAGGAAUGUUUUCAGGAAAACAUCUGUUCCAGAAAUGUAUGGGAUACACCAACAUAGCAUAUGUAAGGCUCUGCUUCCAUGGCCUGCUUUUGUGUACUCAGAAUUUCAGAACAGGGUUUGAGACAAGAGCGUUGAUAACACAAAGUAGAUCUGAUACAAUGAGAAUAAAAUGUGGAGUUCUUUUCAAGAUUCACAUGGGUGCUAGUGUACCACACUCAUCUUCACUGUGUCCCAUGUUAUCUGUGGCCCUAAUCCUUUUACCUGGUUAUGCUGGUAUAGCUCAUAUGGUGUAACAUUUGGAGGCAAAUUGCCCCAAGUUAAGAAAUCAGUGUAGACAUUAGAAGUUGCAAACUGCAUUAUUUGACUCAGCAUGCAACUGCUAAUGUUUACUGUGAUUUCUUAACUUGGGGCAAUUUGCCUCCAAAUGUUGCACCAGUUGUGCAGUUAUGCAAGAGGAUUCUGGCCAAAGUCUCCAGAUGAACUGGGCAGUACACUUGUGAAAAAUCCUGCCUGAGAUAUGCAGGAAAAGUGGGAGAUCAAAGCGCUAUGCCCACACACUGGUGCUAUGACACCAAAGGAGCCCUUGACAUCAUCAUGACUUUUGUAUUUGUACGUGUGUUUUUAUUGCACUUAUGUAUAUAUCUAUAUUAUUUUAUUUUUGAAAUGACA